UGAUGACGGGUACGGAAGAGCAGGAUUAGUUUCCUUUCAGUGAAUAUGGGUGUGUUCGGCGUUGCGCAGACUGUAUGUCAUCAAAGUACCGCGAGAGCAGCCUGCAGCGUAUUGUUUCGAAACGCUCUCGCGGUACUUUUGAAGUCAUAUGGCUGAUCGUUUGUGCGCGCGGCGCAGUUAGUCAAAAAACGCCUAUAUAAAAAUAGCCCGCGCAAAGAUUUGUCUGCAACAGUAUUUCACACAGUAAGACUGUAAUUCAUAUUUGAAGAACCAUGGCAUUUCAGAUCCAAGUUCCAUUUCCAGUUCCUUUUCCAUUAGUUACUAGAAAAACAGAUCCCUUAAUACAAUGCAUCAUAGAUAACAAGUUACAAAGAUUAAAGAAAUUAAUCCGAGGAAAGGACAUCAAUGGGGUUUACCCUUCUGAAGUCUGGGAAGAUGAUGUCACACUGUUGACAGCAGCUGUUAUAUGCAAGAACAAAGAAAUCUGCUCAUAUCUUAUUAAAGAAUCUGCUGAUCCUAACAAACUCUCAACAAAUAGACUUGCUCCUCUACACUACGCUGGUUGUACACGUGGAGUUUCACUGAGUAUCGUGAAAAGAUUACUUGCAGCAAAAGCUAACCCUGAUGGACAUGAUAUACAGAUUUUCACUCCAUUGCAGUAUGCUGUUGAUCACAACCGUGAUGACAUUGUGAAAGCACUCCUGGAGACUGGAGCUUCAGCUUCAAGGAAUUAUGGAGGAAAUCAAGUGCUUGACAAAAAAAUGGACGACAUGAUUCAUCGACUUUCCUCACAGAAUAAAGAUUUUGAGAAAGUACAGAUAUUUUUCUCUUUCUCUUGUGCUGUUUCUAAAAAACCCCAGACAGAAGUUUUCAGCAUCUAUAAGGCACAUUUCCUUAAAGAGCAUCCUUUUACUCAUACACUUCUGUUUGAGGAGUACUUUAGUGUUAUUGGUGCAGGUGCAGAGCAGUAUCAGCAGAGUGCCAUCAAGUGGUUGAAAGACACAAAGAGCGCAGACAAAUACAUUGAGGACGUCAUCAAGCGCUUUCCAAGAAUUCUUAAACGUUCUUGGACUGUUGCAUUUAAUUGCUUAAAUGCUGCUUUGUGUGUCAGUGAAAGGCUUUCUCCUCAAAUAUUCAAUGAACUUGUGCCAAUUCUAACAAACAGUGUCCAGCCUUUUGGAAAUGCACAUGGAGACAGAGUCAAUCAAUUGAUACCAACAGUACUUGAUGUCAUGAUGCAAAAAACCUAUAAGCAAAAAUUAAAUAUAAGUCAUUCUGUAUAUGAAAAUGUAUGCAACGGUUUAAUGCCUCUUACAAAAGCUAAUUCAAGUCAAAUUAGUCUUGUGACCUAUGGAGUGUUUGCUCAGAUAAAUGACUUUGCUCCAGAAGUUGUUGCAAAGUGUGGAUUGUCUCCAGUACCAGAGAGGAUACUUAAUGCUGCAGAAAUAAAGAUGGAUGAAACCAUGAAGGAAAAACUUCAAAAUCUGAACACAUCACUUGGAGAUCCAUCAAGUUUCAGUGCAGUGGAUAGAAUAUGUGAGGAAAAUGCGGUUUCCCCUUCAACAACAAAACAGAAGAAGAAAAAGAAAAAUCAGAAAAAGCUGGAAUCACAAGUAGGAGAGAAGGAAGAUGAAGAGAAGCAAUCGUUUCCUGACACAAUGACAUCCAUCGAGGAGACAAAGUCAAGUGUGCAGCCCUUCACACCGCCUGUUGAGAAUCUUCCAGCAGAAAGACGGUGGCAUCCGAUCAGUCGUCGCUGGAACGAACAAUUUGAAAAACUGUCUAAAAUUGAUACCAGCAAAGCCUCUCCAUUACGAAGUUACACUCUUGUACUCGCUGAUGAGUUUAAGAUCGCUAAAGGAAGUGAUGGAACACAGGUUUUCCUCGGUCUAAGAGAUGAUGGCACAGAGGUGGCUGUGAAACGAAUGCUUAAGUCCAACUAUCAGGACCUCAAGAAUGAGGAGACAUUUUUACGACUUCCAGAACUUGAUAGUCCUUCUAUUGUGCGCUAUAUAGACUUUGCAGAAGAUGACAACUUUGGAUACCUUAUUCUUCAGCUUUGUGAGUACACACUUGAAGAAUACAUCCAAGAUCACUUACCAGACGAUAGCUCUCAGAGGACUUGUGUUUUGAAAGAGCUUGUGAGGGAAGUGCUCUGCAGUCUACAAGUUCUGCACAGCCAACAAACUAAAGUACUUCAUCGGGACAUCAAACCCCAGAACGUUCUGAUUGACAUAAGAGGGAAAGCUAAACUGGCAGAUUUUGGAAUAAGUCGCAGACUGAAACCGAGUGAAACCACUUUACGAACAAGCAUCGCUGGAACUAAAUUCUGGAAGGCAAAAGAAGCAAUAGAUGAGAAGAGCAACAGAGGGUACAAAAGAAGUUCUGACAUUCAGGUUGCUGGGAUGUUAGUGUACUACAUUCUCUCCAGCGGGCAUCAUCCAUUUGGCAAAGGUCCAUUUUGUGAGGUCAACAUUCUGCAAGGAAAAUACACACUAGAACACCUGGAGGAUGAUGUAGCGAAGGAUCUUGUGGAGUGGAUGAUCAAUGAAGAUCCAGAAAAGAGACUAACUGUUGAUCAAACACUUGCACACCCCUUCUUCUGGAAUGAUGAAAGGAAAGUGGAGUAUGUAAAGAAAUUGGGGAUUCAGAAAGAGGCAGAGAAGUAUCUUAAUACUGACGAGGAGCUGCUUCAUGCCAUUGAAGAAUUCACGAUAGGAAAAAGCUUUUAUGAAUGGAGAAAUAAAUUCUCUCCUGAGCUUGUCCAGAAACUGGAGGGUAAGAAGAAACCUUAUCCUGAGAAUAUACUGGGCCUGCUGCGUUUUGUACGCAACCUGCACGAGCAUUACCCAGAUGAAGCAGCAAACAUCAACCUAAUGGCUCUAUUCCCUGAUCUCUUUGGGAGUUUGUACAGGUUUGCCAAGGAGAGAGGAUGGCACUCCAGACCGAGUCUCAAGAGACUUUUGAACUCAGUUUCACAGAUUUGACUUUUCGUUCUGAAUUUAGCAUGAACGUUUAUUCUUUAUCUGUUUUAUGAUUAUAUAUAGUAGAAUAUGGUCACUCGUAAAAAGUGGUGCCUUUUAAUGUUUCUUAAAAAAAUAAAGGAAAUGCUCUUUCUACUUGCAAAAGGUUAAUGCUGAACUUCAAGGGGACAGGGAUUAGAUUAAGGCAGGACUUGGCCUUCUUUAAAUAAAGUAGUUUUUUUACAAACAGGCUUUACAAAAAAACCAUUACUUGUGUGCAUUUUGAGACAAAACAAUGGCACUGAUGUAUUUGAAGAUGUGUCAGUCCAAGCCGUUGCUAGUUUAGACAGAUCUAACAUUUUUAGUCUGGGAUUAGUCUUAAACUAUGUGCGGGAAAUCACCCACCACCAUUUUUUUCCCAUUUUUGGCUCAAAGAAUCAGGGUUGUAACCAGCAUUUGAGGAUGGUCAGAGAGGGACAGGCUUAUCACAAUUCUUUGUAUCGCAAUGUACUGUAUAGUGCCACAAUAUUUAAUAUUUAAUGUACAUUUUUUGCAUUAUCUAAAUACAAUGUGACAAAACGUUUUACAAUGUUAAUGAUAGCUGCCGCAAAUUAUGAGGACGAAAAACACACAAAUGUUUUCUGUAAAUGACCUACAGUAUGUGCAUUACAAUAUUUGUACUGAAUUGUGGUCAUUAUCAAAUGUUCUGUAUUACUUACAUUUAUGUUGCCAAAUGAAAAAAGUAUAGAGUAUGUUAUAGCACUGAUUGUAUGUAUCGAAUAUACUCUUAGAAUGCAAAAGACAAAUAUGCUGUCAGAUUCAAAGGCCUUAUUUUACAAAUAUUUGGGAAUGGGGGAUCUAUAGUCACAGUUAUUGCUCAUGUCCUUAUUUCUGAAAUGUAUUUUCAUGUUUUGCAGAUUUUGUUGAAUACCAUUGAUGAAUGUUUUUUUUAAUGUCGCUCUACAAUAAAACUCUGUUUAUCUAUUAAGCUGUCUA